AUGUCCAAAUCAAAAGAAAGUGGAUACACCUUCAAAUUGAAUAUGGGAGAUAGAUUAUAUCAUCUCAUAGCUGAUUCAGAAUUGGAAUGUAGAAAGUGGCAAUCUGCUCUAAGUAAAUUUAUCAGAACAACUAAGGCAAUCAAUAACCCAUUAAAAAUUAAAAUAAAAAAGAACAUUGACCCAUUAAUCAAGUUUUAUGAAGAAGAAACUCAAUUACUAGCUAGGAGAGAAAAGAUUCAAUAGAAUUUAGAAUCAGACAUGGCAGCCAUCUUGACAGAAGAGGAUGCAGAUCUGAAUAAGUUUUUUAAUUAAUUGACCCAUCUGUGA